AAAGUGACAACGCGGCGUGGAAGAACGCCGCGGAACUCCACCUCUGACCUUCUCCGUCUUCCUCCACCCCGUCCCCUUUCCCCCUCUUGGCCUCCUAUCUGCAAUCUUCUUCCCCCGCCCUCUCCCUUGGCGUCGGCAGAGGACGACGUUGCGGUGUCGCUCCUCGUUGCCCCCUUGCCGCUAUACGGAGGCGGCUGGGCUGUGCCGACGGCGGCGGGGUGGGGAGACAUGCACAGAUCGGCGGGGGUCGCGAUGGCGUGGAACGUCUUUAGGUUCUGCACGGCGCUCAGGGGUCUGGGAUCCAUCAUGAUACUACUCGUCCUCGCCAUCGUCGGCGUCACGUACUACGCCGUCGUCCUCUGUAACUACGGCCCCGUCCUACUCGUUGGCGGCACAAGCACCAUCCCGGCGCUCGCCGUGCUGCUCCUCUUCCACUUUCUGCUCGGUAUGCUAUUAUGGUGCUACUUCUCUGUUGUAUUCACUGAUCCUGGUUCUGUUCCGCCAAACUGGAAUCUUGAUUUUGAUGAGGAAAGGGGAGAAACUGCACCCCUCUCUAGCUCAGAAUUCAGUAGCCAGAUGAACUCACAGCAAUCUAUGGUCAGUGAUACGGGAAAUCCAAGGAUGAGAUACUGCAGGAAGUGCAACCAGCUGAAGCCGCCUCGGUGCCAUCAUUGCUCUGUUUGUGGAAGAUGUAUCCUUAAGAUGGAUCAUCACUGUGUAUGGGUUGUUAAUUGUGUUGGAGCACUCAACUAUAAAUACUUUCUUCUCUUCCUGUUUUACACCUUCCUUGAGACAACGCUUGUCACCCUCUCUCUACUGCCUCAGUUCAUAGCCUUCUUCAGCGAUAUUGAUAUCCCAGGAAGUCCUGCAGCACUGGCAACCACAUUUCUCACAUUUGUGUUGAAUCUGGCCUUUUCCUUGAGCAUUUUGGGUUUCCUGAUAAUGCAUGUUUCACUUGUUUCUGCUAAUACAACAACGAUUGAGGCAUAUGAGAAGAAAACUAGUCCACGUUGGAUGUAUGAUCUUGGCCGGAAGAGGAAUUUUGCUCAGGUCUUUGGAAAUGACAAGAAGUAUUGGUUCAUCCCUGCAUACACGGAAGAGGAUUUACGAAGGAUGCCUGCUUUACAUGGCCUUGAUUAUCCUGUCAGGGCAGAUUUGGAUGGGCAGGAAUUGUGAUAACAUGAAAUUUUCUAGUGCCCCUGAAGACACAACAUUUUGGAUGUGAGAACGUUCUUUGUAAAAUUUGAUGGUUUUCAUAACUGUAUGUCUCGGUGCUCAACAUCCACUCGUACAAGCAUUGAGCCGGCUUUCACGGGAUGGCUUGUGCAAGAAAAUUAGAGCUCUAUAGUGUUACUCCGGCUCUCGUGCUCUACUGGUUCUGGGCAGCCGAUGUAAAUUCUUCAUGUUCUGGAAAAUCUUAUUUCCCUUUUAGAUUGGCUUGGAGAGAUACAAGAUGUACUUUACUUUGACUGAGAUUAGCCAGUUUAGAAAGUAAGUAGCACUAUUUGUUGACAAAGGCUGCGUUUGUGAUUAUGGUGGAUAAUGAUAAUCCUUUUUGCUCAACCAA